UACGUACGAGCCACCUGCCAUGCCGGGCCGCCUCGGUUUGCGCAAUGUCCGGUACUGGUCAAUCGCGAAUGACAGCAGCCAGCAGCAUCAUAGUGAGGGGUGGCGGCUUUAAAAUGCUUUAAACGGCUGCCGCGAGCUGCGCCGCGUGUGCGCAAAUCGUCGUCAUCGUCUUCUAUGCACCGUUCUAUCUACUUGGCGCGUCCGCAACCCCAUGCCCCCGCGCGCAUGCCCUCGGUCGAGUGAGUGUCAGCCCCCACUCAUGACGGCUAUAGUCCUCCGACUCCCCGGAAGCCCCCCGGCUGGACGUCGCGGCCUUCCACUGGCUCACUUCGGAGACCCGGGGUUCACUUGGACGACGCAUCGGUCCCCUUUGGCCGAGCGCCAUGCGAGGGCCGGUCCAGUGGCCAUAGACGCUAACGCGGGAGACGCCAUGGACGGCUGGCGCCGGCGACGACGACGAUGUCCCCGCCACGUGAGAACGCAGCGGCUUCGCGUCGAGCUCGCGUACCAGGAGCGCCGCGGAGCAUUCCAUUCGCAGGAGCAGACUCGCGAGGACUGUGCGUCGCAGACCGAAGGCUUCUGCCGUUGUGUUAGCCCUUCCACCCAUCGGUGGCUAGCGCAUCUUCGCUCCACCGAGGUUCCACUCGAGCGGCCGACAUGUCUGCCGCUGAUAUCGCCAUGGCGCUCGAGGCCGUCGUGAAGCGCUCCCGUAGGCGCGGCAAUGGCGAGGAGACGGACAAGCGGAAGCGGCCGAUGCGCUUCUCCGGGCAGCACGACAUCCGGCUGCUGGAGGAAGUCGUGAGCCUUAAUCCGUUCAAGGACACGCCACCCACUACCACGUGGGCGUCAAUCUCCAAGAACCUCGAGCACCUGUUCACGAUCAGCUCGAGGCGAUGCCGGGAACGCACCAUCCUGCUUUUGGACCAGUUCAUCAAAGGCGACUACCCGAGCCUGCAGCGGUUCUGCACCAAAGAGGAGUUCGCCGUCAAGGAGCAGCUUCUACAACAGGUUCUUCAGCAAUACGAAGACGGCGCAGGUGGAUACAGCUCUCGCAUUGGCGGCGGCUUUGUCACGGCUGCUGCAGCGGCAGCAGAGGACGAAGAUGAUGACGAUGACUUUGACCCGGAAAAGAUCCGGCCCCGUGUCAUUCUGCACGAGGACUCCACGCCUGAGCCAUACACCACUCGCCAGGGGAGCGUCGAGCACGAGCAGAACGGCACGUCGGCGAAGGAGCAGACCUCUUCCACGUCAUCGUCCUCGGCCAAACGGCCGCGGCUCGCUGGCGGCCCAUCGCCUUUCUCCGGCAACGGCGGAGGUGCUCUCACCGAUGAUGAUGGAGGCCUCGAGGAGUUCGCCGUGGCCGCCGCCAUGGGCGACGCCGCGAAGGGAACCGACUUCCCGACACAGGUGGUGUCGUUCCUGGUGACGCGCCAGGCCAAGGAGAUGCGCGUGCGCGAAAAGGAGCUCAAGCUGCGUCGUGAGGAGCUCGAACUGGAGCGAGCCAAGCUCAAGCUCCAGGAGGACCGGCUCGCCCUUGAGAAGGCGCGCUUCGAGAUCGAGCGCCAGGAACGCGAGCUGCGGCUCCGCUCCGAGAGGCAGGAGCGGACGCUCUUCAUGGAGGUGCUCAAGAGGGUGGUCAGCUCGGGACUAGCGGACUCCUAGCGCGCCUUCCACCUGCCGCGUGCAGACAUCCGUGUUCGCCUGCUUUUUCUCUCACUUCUCCUACAAGUGUAUGUGUGUGUGUUUGAAAGACGCCACUGCCACUUGUGCUGGUAGCGUUUGCCUCUCGGGUUGCAUUGCGUCAGCGGCAACAAGCGCACUACGUGGGCUCCCCGACCUGCACCGUGGCUACCAUGCCGCUCAGAAGUGUUGAGACAAGUGGUUUAAGGCAUAAAGUGACUUUUUGGGCGCCAUGUGACGCCAACUUGUCGAUGGCAUUAGGUACCUGAGUUAUUUCAGGAAGGACCCUGAAGGUGAACGCAAUAGAGUGUGGAGGCUGCGUGAAAGAAAGCACAGCUCUUUUAUAAAGAACUGGGGCCAUCUGCCACAUGACUCACCACUUGGCUGCAAUAGGUCAGGCGAUGAGGUUUACAUGGAGAAUGAGAGUGAGAACACUACCAUAUGAUCUUUGCACUUCAUGCAGCACAAACUAAACACGAGCAUCACAGCAUGGCCCAGUGUGUGCCCUUUCAAGGAUGCACUUUUGGAAAGUGGUGCAUGUGCGAGCUUAACUUGUUUGAAUGCCAAGCUACCCAGUUCUCACCCAGCAUUUCUCACGUUACGGAAGUGAUAUGUCUUACUGCUUCUGUUCACUGCUUCUUUAGAAUUGUGAAAGAGGCUGCGACCUGUAAACUUCUUCUGUUUAACAGUUUAUGCACAGUUUACAGGCAACAUGAGAGAUGUAAAGUUGGGCUUAUUGACAAUCCAUGAUUAUUCGUACAGUGCAGGAGCACGAGACAGACAGGACCAGGCACUGUUUGUGUCUGCUCCCGUAUUUCUCAUGUUCCUGCAUAAUACGUAUAAUCGUGGAUCACCAACAUAAAUGCCAAAUCGUAUUGACUUGUUGGCAGGUGCCUUCCUUUUUUUUUUUAAACAGACCGUGCCCUGCACAUUCUCGCAUUCACCUUCUCCAUGUUGUAUUACUUUCAGGGCUCCUUUUGUGAAACAGUCUUUUUCUUUGUAUCUGCUCUAAUGUAAUGGUUGUGUGUGUGUGUGUGUGUGUGUUUGUGGAUCAAGCAUUCACGCUACUGAAGAGAGCACUCUAUGCACUGUGUAGUUACAUUGUGAUGGGGCGACAACAUUCAUAGUUAAGUGCAGUAUGAUGCUGGUUAGUCCUGGUUUCUUGCACCAGUUGGUGCAGGUGCACUCAAAUAAAUGAAAGCAGGUGCAUUGUUGUUGCAGGUGCUUUCAUAUUUCACAUUGCAGCAGCGGGUACUAAAGCAUGGUUUCUCACCAUUUUCUUGUGUGCCAUAAUUUUACUAAGCUAUGUUUGAAAUUAUGCAUACAUGCUUGAGGAGAGUGCACCCAGUUUCAUCUUUAGUACCAGGCCUAGGUAACGCUAACUUCCUCACUUUCGGAAAAAUAGUAGUCUCCCGUUAAGAUGAACUCAACGGGACCACAAAAAAUGUUCUUAUCAUAAGUUCGUCAUAAUGAAAGUGUUUGUCAGACCGCUAAAUCUUCUCUUGGUGCACUCAAAUAUUGAUGGCUAAAACAAUAUAUGAAACAGCAUUAAGACCAAAACACACAAAGCCAUACAAAUUAUUGCUUUAUGCAGUCUUGGUAAUUGAGUAGACGUUGCCUUAUGACACUGUGCAAAUCUGCACACUAGCUCUCACAAAAGCUGAAAUUUCGGCUAGCUUGCUUAAAAAUUCCUCUGUGUUUUCAUGUAGUGGGAGAAAUGCAGCAAAAUAUUCAGGGCAAUAUCAUCUGCACCAUUAGUGAUCACUACUGGUUCUUGGCUCCUGAGCCAUGUCUUGACCAUUGGCCUGCAGGGGGACCUCGAAGACCUUCUCAAUUAGUUCCUAUGAUGUCAGCCCUGCAGGCAUCCACAUGAUCAUCGACGCUGGCGUAGUUGCUUAUGUGCACAGAAGCACCAUUUGCUUUUUGUAUGCAAAUAGCAAUGCAGCCUCCAAAUCAGUCAGAUCUGAGCCUCUCGCCGAGUUCAGUAGCAGGCUUAAGUGGUGGCUGCAGAAGUUCAGCAUAACCAAAUUAGUGGUUAAGCUGAUUUUCUUUUGCAUUGGAUAUGUGGGAAAUGACCGAAUGUUCACACAUUGUCCCUCACAUCUGGAAAGUUGACUUAACUGGUUCACCUUAACGGGAGUAUACUGUGCAGAACGGAACUUUUAGGUGGAGCACAUGUUCGUUGCAUCCAAAGAGAUCUGCAGUGUUAGUUUCAAGUUUAUUUCGAGCAUGUUGUCUUAGUGAAAGGAGAGAUGUAAAACAUGUACACACCACUUUCAGUUUUAAGUGUGUUUGUUGGGACCAUCGCCUCACUCUCGAGAGUGAGCUUGCUUUGGUGUUAUCUACAAUGCAAACGAAUAGGUAAAUAUAGAGCACAUUACUGAUCCACUGCAUAAAUAGGAAUAGCUUGCGUCAGGAUUGCCGAGACAUAUCUUUGUAGAUACAGCACUGGGCCUGGAACAUGCCUUUGUCAAAUAUUUGCAUGCACCGUUUUUCUGCAGGGAACACUAGUCUCUGUCAGAUGUGCGAGAAUAUCAAGACACUGUGUGCUUCAAAAGUUUUCUUGAGGUUUGGAGCAGAAUGCAUGGACAUAUCUUUUAUGUCCUAGGGAAAGGCUAUUAAAUUCUGUGCGAAAACAAAUUUGAACUUUCAUGUCAAAUGGAUGAUGAACACUAGUGACUCAUUCAAGACGUGCCUAAUACAAGUGCAAUGUGUGCGUGAAACGAAGCCUGACCAACCAUAUGACCAUUUCAGACACUAUAGUAUAAAAGCAUUGCACAGCAUAUAUGCACAUAUUAUUGACGUUCCUUAGUUUGGUCAUUUCCAAGGCAUGUGUCAGAAAUUUUCAAGACAAAAGGUACAAGGAAAGUAUGCUACAACCGCUCUUUACUCUGUUGGGUUUCCUGCCUAAAUUAGUAAGUUGGGAUGCCUGUUCCCAAUCAUAAAUGUGCGCCUAGACAUUUGGAAUAGAACCUAAAAUAGUUCACGAGCAGGCUGCGAACCAUCACAAAAUGUUUAGUGAUUAAAAGUAGGUUGCCUUAGAAUUGUCACUUUCAUGCUAUUACUACCAUGUCGAAAUGCCUUGGCACCAUGAACUCCUUGCACUCUGGUGAGCGAACAAUAAGCCGAGAUUAUUCGUUUGGAUUAUGAUAUGAAAAGCAAACACCAUUGGUGCUGACAUGCAACAGACUACUCCAAAGAAAAACAAUGUGUGCGUGCAUUUACCUAUGCAAGUGCUCACCAUUUGGUCACACGUUGCAUAGCUUGUGUAGUGUAUACUGUCUUUAAUUGAGGCCUUCAGUUGCAUGUUAGCUCCAGUGGUGUCUCUUUCAUCUGUCAUUUGUAUGCACUGCUUAGACAUCAUCAUAGUGCUUGUGCUAUCCAUUCGUCUAUGAGAACUCGAGCUGCACUAGACUGAAUGGAUGACCAUAGUGUGUUCUCUUCACUGUCAUAUAUCAUCACUAUGUUCCACUCCACUCUAGCAUCGCAGUUGUCAGAAAUGUUUGUACAGAGCAACCAAUUGCUCGGCUGACCUUGUAAAAGUUAAAAAUAUAUAAGAAGACCUUUUUCUAUGCUGUGGGGGACCACAAUGCUACCUAUGGCGUUACAUUGCCAGUGCUACAAUAGCGAUAUGCUGUGUGCUUUGUCACAAAAGGUGUGAAGCCAUGGAGCCAUUGUUGUCGCUGUAGCAUGUUGGCUGAUUGAUUUAUUUGAUGAUAAUGGAAGUCCUGGUAUUUUUUGUCACCUUCCUUUCUGAACGUUUGAUUGUCUAAUGAGUGUACAGUAAUGAAAUGAAGAAACAGGCAAAUCAGAACAUAACCACACACACAAAGAUGAGCACUUGGCGUCAGCACACUUGAAUCCAUGAGCAAUGUGGUGAUUUGUAAUUGAUUGUCACUUUGUAUAUUCCAAUAUAUUUUUCAAUUGUUUUCGUUUCCUGAACACUUUGUUUGCACUUUGCACCAAAUGUCAUGUCGCGCCCACUGCACUGCCGUAGCAUGUCAAAUCCUGUUCAUUGACGUUGACCUUAUAAAUGUGCUGCAAGCAGACGCCUACUAUCAUAGUUCUAGUGCACAGUAGCGCCCACUUUCCGACAACAAAAGUGGCCGGCUCUUUCCUUUGCAAAGGAAUUUAUUUCAAGUAAAUGCCAUGAGACCUUGUACAUGUUCAAAAUUUAAAGGCGAAGGCAGUGAAUGAAUGGUUAUGCCGGUUUUUCAAUGGUAGUUCUUGCCAUUGAAAAUAUAAAAGUAUGGGUUUAAUUAAUUUCCCCACAUUUCCCGUGUCACGACGUUAAUGACGAGGUGCCAUUCGUGUCGCUGAUCGAGAAUAUCGCGCAACUUAAAGCCCUUUCCACCAGAUGUGUUCUUGCGUUCCUUCUCACUUCAUUUCUUUAUUUCGCAUCCUCUCCCCCGUGGGCUCAUUUUUACUUAAGCGCAUACUGAUCUGUCCAAUACGCGAUACGCUAUCGCAUUUAUGUUAACGAGGCUUAGUCACGUUUACAUGAAAGCGACAGUAGCGUAUUACAGUUCUUGGCGCAUCACAAUCACAGCGAGUGCAUCUCGCCGGUGAGCCGAGAACACACACACUCCGGCAGCCGUCUCACAUUUCUUCUCUCCGUCGGUGCGAUACACUAGCGUUUACAUACAGCGCGCGAGUAGACUCAACCGUGUCGAUUUACCCCUUUGCGGGUGCAUUAAUGUCAUUCGCCUUCCUAGUGUAUUACCGCCGUUUACAUAUAGGCGAUGUGGUAGAAAUGUGGUGCGCCACUGUCAGAUUAAUAUAAGUGCUGGUAAAAUUGCUUCUUGGAAGUUGCAUAUGCAAAUGAUAACCUCGUCAAAUUCCACUCGGAAGUUACACCCUGUGCACGCUUGGCAUUGUUUUUGUUUGUUUGUUUUUUUUUUUUUUGGCCCCUGCUGUUCGCAAAUACGAAUGUGCGAGGACCUGUUGGCAUCACAUUCUUUGUUGCCGUUCUAAAUUAUCUUUUUUUGUUCGUUACACCGCUUCCGUAAUUUGGUAAUUUGGGGAGAGUUCGUUGUCCGGUAGCUAUGUUCAAUAUAGGCCCUGUGCUUUUUCUUUCUUUGUGUUGUCAAAACGAAAAGCGAGUCCGAGAACAAUUUGCCCUACAACUUGUCAGGCAAAUUGCCUUGAGCUUCCUUUCAAGUUCUACAUUCCAGAUUUGACGCUGCUAUUUUUUCCUGUAGUUGCAGUCUAAUGAGCUUCCACUGUGUUUCGUUAACUUUCACAAAAUAUGCCAUUGGUUGCAACGCUGGUGAAGGCUACUGCUGUUCGUAUAAAUGUUUCUGGUAUAUGUUUGUGUAAGUUAGCAACUAGAAGAUGAAGCGGUCUGGUCACUGAGCCGAUAAGAACACUGAACAUGGCGCGGUAUUGUAAUGCAAAAAAAAAAGAAUCUUAUAAAGAAAAGAAAGAUAACCGGAUAAUACGAAGUGCACACAAUGCGUAAAGAAAUACCGCCAUACGAGGACGGGCUUUCGUAAACUGUCUUGUUUUCUUUUCCCCGAGUGAACUCAACAAGAGACACCCGCAGUGUCAGUAGCAGCCGAUCACGUGUAGCUUGCAAUUGUACGCUAUCUGUGUUUGGUUAUAAAUGUGCACUGUCUCGCAGCGGGAUGAAGAUUUCUAUUCUUGCAAAUGACAUUCGUUACCGCUUAAUAUCAUAGUUGCCGUGAAUGCUGAAGCGCUUUUGACUCAGAUUAUUCUGUCUCCACUUUUUUCUGUUUCCACUGGCCGUGAUUGAGCAAAAACAAUUUCUUUGGAGCGAGCGGUCACCUUUUCGCAUAUACCAGAUGUCUCAAAUACGCGGAUCGCAAGUGGCUCGCCGAGCUGUUAUUUGCGUUUCCUAAACCAUAUCCAAAUGCUGGAUCGAUGUAUAGACAUGGAUGUAUUUAAUUAGCAUUCCCUUUGAAACGGGCUAGUAGCUGGUGCCGCUAUGCUCGUCAUUUCUGCCUUUCUGCUGCGUUUAUAUUUUAGUCCGUUUAGUUUAGUCCGUGGUGCGUUAACACGCCAUCGAAUAUUCUCCCAAAAACGCCACAGUUUGGUCCCCGUGUGCACUCCGUAUGUGACCCGACAACUGGCAUGAGUUUGAGAACCGUGACAAGUUAUCGUGGUUGUCGCAGCCGAGUGAAUCUCAUCGGGCAUGUCGCGACCAACGUAUGAUUCUCAUUUUGUGGAGAAUGCGAGCAGAGUUCCUCAAGUCGUUAUGGAUUUCUGCGUUGUGCGGUAUCUCUCUUUGUCUCUAUUUUGUUUGGUUUUGUGCACUUGAGGUUUUAUUUCAAACGCCGAAGCAAGGACAUUCUCAAUGCCAAAGUUGGUGCCCAUUUCAAGAGUGUUUGUUACGCUCCUAUACGCCUUUGUGAUAUAAAUAAAAUCGUAUUUAUUGACUGCA